AUGAAUUUCUCCAGCUCUGGCAGUAACUCUACUCCCGUGGUCGUGAGGGACGAUCUGAAGACUGCAAUUAUGAAGAACAUGAUCACUGUGACUCUCUGUGUGUCCAUCAACUACGUUAAUGCUACUCUGGUUUAUACCUUCAUGAGGCACGAGUUUUUCAAAAGGAAUCCUCGCUAUAUCCUCUUCAUUCACCUGGUCAUCAAUGACAUUAUCUUAAUGACAGUCCUGACACUCAUUCAAGUCUUGAGCUACGUAGUUUACACUCUCCAUGUGUGGUUAUGCAUGACUUUACUUAUAUUUGCUUUAUUUUCUAAUUUUAACAACCCUAUGACUCUUGCCGUCAUGGCCAUUGAGUGCUAUGUUGCUGUGUGUUUCCCUCUGAGACACUCACAGAUCAUUACAGUUAAGAAAACCUACAUUACUAUUGCCUUAAUUUGGCUGAUAAGUGCACAGUCUUUUUUUCCAGAUGUUCUUGUGUCUUUAACCACAGAACAUCUUGACUUUUUUCAGUCUCGAGUAUUUUGUCAAAAUACAACGGUUUUCAGAAUUCCUGGCAUACUACUAAAGAAUAUUAUCUACAAUGCUGUAUUAAUGGCCACUGUGUGGCUGACUCUUAUCUACACAUAUUUCAAAAUACUUUUUACAGCAAAAUCAGCUUCAUCUGAUGCCACAAAGGCCAGAAACACAGUUCUGCUUCAUAGUUUCCAGCUAAGUCUCUCCAUGCUCACAUAUAUGUACACUCCACUUACAACAGGACUGACAUAUUUGUUUCCUCAGAGUGUGCUCGCUAUUCGCUUUGCUGUGAUCAUAAUAGUCAGUGUGAUGCCACGGCUUGUCAGUCCACUUGUUUACGGGAUACGAGAUAAAACCUUCAGGAAGUACUUAAAAAAACAUUUGAUAUUUCCAAUGAAUUUUUCCGGCUCUGGCUCUAACUCUACUCCUGUGGUGGUGAGGGACGAUCUGAAGACUGUAAUAAUGAAAAAUGUCAUCACGGUGACUCUGUGUCUGUCCAUCAACUACAUUAAUGCUACUCUGGUUUAUAUCUUUAUGAAGCACGAGAUAUUGAAAAUGAAUCCUCGCUACAUCCUCGACAUCCACCUGGUGAUCAACGACAUCAUCCUGAUGACACUGCUGACGCUCAUUCAAGUCUUGUUAUUCCAGAGGGCAUCACUGACAGACGGAUGA